UCAUCAUCAAACCAUCCAGAGGUGCUGCUCUUUUGCCUCCACCUCUCUCGCUGCUCCGCCUACUGGCUAUCUCCUCUUUACACUCUCAGUCCUGAGGCAUGGUUUUGACCUGAAGCAUUGGCUGCCCGUUUGCCUUCACUAUCCUGCCUGACCUGCUGUGUUUUUACAGCUGCAUGUUUUUUGCUUCAUAUCUCGGCACCCGCAGUCUCUUGUAUUUCUAUUUUCAUCCAGAGAUACAGCCUGUCUAGGGUGAGAACCAUCUUCAAAAUGUACUGCAGAAACUUACCAACCCUUUUGCAACUAUGCUACGCAAACCUCCCACAUCAUGAUGUUCAUGGGAAGAAAAGGCUAAUGUAUCCUGAUUUACAAGUAAAUUGCUAUUUGAAUAGAUCCAUUUACUGGAAUCAUCUGUUCAACAGCAUUGUGGCACCAUUUUUGCCUUAAAAAAAGGGAGAUUCAGGGAGGUUUCUACCCAGCACCCUCUCAAGGGCAAUUAGAAAUGAGCAAUAAAAUAAUCUCAGUUAUGGAAAUGGCUUGAUAGGCAGAUGGGCAUAAGUGACAAAGGUUAGAGAUGAAAAUAAUACAGAAGGAUGUCAGAUUAGGAACGAAGAGGAGGAGUGAAAUGUUAAGCCAGAGGGAAGAUAUGAGUGGAAGGGGAUGGAGGGUAGAGGAAAGAAGAUGGAUAAAAGUGAAAUGUGGAUUUGGGGAUGGUUCAUUUGGAGAAAGAGGGAAGGAGAAGGGUGACUGGGGGCAUGGGACAUGGGAAAAAUAUGUGUGAGUCUUUAUUUUUGAGACAUAGGAGACGGAAGGGUGUGCUUACAGAGGUGUAUAAAAUCAUGAUGGGCAUAUAUAGGGUAAACACACAAUUUUCUCUGAUCUAGGGAGUCAAGAACUAGAGGACAUAUGUUUAAGGUGAUAGAGGAAAGAUUUAAUAGGAACCUGAAGGGGAACAUUUUCCCCACAGGGGGUAGUAUGUAUAUGGACUGUGCUGCCAGAGAAAUAGUUGAAGGAAUUUACAAUAACAAUAUUUAAAAGUCAUCGGUAUAUGGAUAUGAAUGGUUUAGAGGGAUAUGGUUCAAGAACAGGCAGAUGGGGUAGUGUAAAUUUGCAUCUUGGUCGGCAUGAAGGAGUUAGUCUGAAGGGCCUGUUCCUGUACUGUAUGGUUCUCGGUAGUAUUCCCAUGUAGUUUUAUACUAAAUCCAAACCUUUGCUACAUGCGCUGUUCGGAUCAAAUUCUUCGUUUUACUCAAAUUCCUUCAUCAGAACAUUAAUGAUGCACAGGAGGAGCUUUACUCAGCUUGUGUCUGUUGUGGUGGCUUUGUGACCAACUGCCAGCAUUCCCAAAUAUAUGUACAGCAGUCAGGUGAGACUUUUGCGUCAUUAACCUGUAAUUUAGCAUGAUCAUAAUGUGAUCUACAUUUGGAAUUUGGCUGGUAAACAUUAAUUCGUGUUGUAUUGUUUUCACUUAAGAGAUGCUUUUUGGUCGUGUUCAAUACACUAGAAUACAGGUGUAUGUUCACUUGAACACAUGCCAGUGAAAUCAAGGCCUUUGAUCCAUUAUAUUUUAGGUUAGUCAUUUAGAGUAAGGUCUUAAUAACCCAAGCUCCAAAUAGGUUAAAAUGGUUCCAAAUUCCUUUUAUUUAAAUUAGUUUGAAAACAUGGAUCACUAUACACCUAUUUUCAUGUGGGAUUUGGUGUCACUGGAAAGGUUUACAAUUGUCACUCAUCCCUAAAUGCCUCAGACAAGGUGUUGGUGAAUCAUCUAUUUUCACCAUUGCAGUCCAUGCGAAAGUGCAAAAAUCUGUGUUGAUAUUUAUAGUAUUGAAGGGUCAAUAAUUGAAAUAAAAUGAAAAAUAGAUAUUUAUUAACACGUGACAAAGGGAAAAAUAACAUAACAGAGAAAUGUAGGAAAAGAUUAUAAACAGUACACAGUGUGCAAUGAAUAAAAAUAUGCAAGAAAAUAUUUGUCACUGAGGUAGUUGCUCAUUUCAGGCAGGCAUAAAAAGCCGAGGUACCAAAAUGAGGAAACAGAACAAUUCCGCACUGAGAUUGUUGCUGGUAUUGUUUUGAGCAGUUCUAAUUUUCUUCAUCUUUAUCAGUGUUUGACUGAUUGUGCUCCUCACCUUGAUAAGCAAUAAAACCAUUAUGAAGAGAAGCUGGAACCAGUCUGCAGUCUUCUUGGUAAAUCCAACUAAAUAGCUUUUUUUUCUUUUUAUGGUUGUCCUAGAAAUGACGGUGUGCGAUUUUGUUACUCAAUUACUAUGUACUCAUUGUAUAACAUUCAAAAUCCAGAACAUGCAAAAGCCAGAUAUUUUGUAGUCCACAGAGAAGCUUAUGUUAGAGUUGGCAUUACCUCUUGGAUUUGGGCUGUGAUUAUUUAGACAAAGUGCUUAUUUUUCACCUUCAGUAAUUGAUGAGAUUUAUUCUGAGAGCAGACGUCAAGUUACACCUAAACAGAUGUUAUGUUGUUUUAGUUUGAUAAAUAUCAUCUAAUAGUCUAUUAACGUGUCCAUGUGAGUAAAAUAAAUGUUUAAGUACACGUGCAGGAAGCAUGACCAGGUAAUGACUCUUAUGGGAGAGCUGACUGUAGUCAAUUAGAAGCUCAGUUUAACGUACUUAGUAAUAGAAGUAAUAUAGCAUUACAAUAUACCUGCUAAUUUGGUACCUCAGCGGGAUGUGUCUUCAUUAUUUUGGUUGAAGUCCAUGGAAUCUGAUGUAUUAACUUGUAACUAGCAGCUAUAGUUCUUUCUAUUGCAAUCCAGAACAUUUUAAGAGAGCCAUACUUGUCUUGGAGCAAACAACUUCAAGGCAACUGAAGAUUCAUAUCAAUGGGCAUAAUGGAAGUCAAUGGACAUAAGAACAGAUGGAAAAGUGAAUUUGAGGUAAGCAAUCAGCUCAAAUUCUGGAAUGGUGAAACAGGUUCAAUGGUCUGCAUGGCCAACACUUAUAUUUCUUGUGUUUGUGCAAGAGGUGUAGCCUAAGCAGUACCAAGGACACAGGGGAAUGGAUAGUAUUGGCUAAUCCAACACUAAACCUGAGCCUGCACCCAAUCUCCCUGGAAUGGGAUAAAUACGAAAUUGUAAUUCUUCACAUCCCAUAAAACACAACACACUUUACACUCAAUGUUGUACUCUUGAAAUGUUUCCAAUGCUGAAAUAUAUGCAAAAUUAAUUGCAUUUGAGCAUGGCCAGAUUCCACAGAUUGCAAUAAGAUAAAUAAUCUUUUUGUUGACCGUUGAUUGUUGGUCAAGGUAAGUCGCUUGUUCUUUGAAAAAAGCCUUGGUUUAAUUUGGUAUCAAAAGACUGAUUCUCCUUUGACGAUUUCAACCCAGUUUCUGCAGCUCAGAAGAAGCUUUAACCAGCAACCUUCUGAUUCGGAUAUGAGAAUAUUGCCACUGAUGCUAUAGUAGAAUGGGAAUUCCAUGCAUGCAGGCUGUGAUUUCUCAUUUGGAGAUUUCUAAAUGUAGUGAGGGCUUUCUUUAUGUGGCUGGUUGACAAAAAGGAAGGUGGGGUAUAUGAAAAGAAUCCUCUGCAGGGUCUUCUGGGUCCCAACGGUAUUUUUCAAACAUAGAAUUACUUGUUUAGAAUGGAUAAAUUAUAGUUGUUUUUGAUUUAUAGAAUCAAUUCAAAGGAAGCAAUUUUUGAAAUGAUGUUCCCCAGGUGUAUCUGAUGUCAAAAAUUUAAUAAAGCAAGUGUACUUCAAAUUUCUUUAUUGAUUAACAACUUUCUGAUAUGGACAGUAUGUGAUUCUCAAUACAGCCACAAAAAAAAACUACUGUAGAUCAUAGAAUAUUCCAUUCCUCAAGAAGUAAUGGGACAGUUGACAUUGAGGUGAAUGCUCUUAUGACUGACAUUUUUUCAAAAUGGCAUAUUUUAAAUUGCUGAGGUUAUAUCAUGACCCAAAGAGUUAAAUCUGGAAAUUAGGUUUGUAAUUAAGAAGUUUUUGUCAUCACCAGUUUUGCUUAAAAUUGCUUGUUUUCUUGUCACAUCAUAUUAAAAGUAUACAUGGUAAAACUUCCAUUGUUAGAAGAUGGAUUUUACUGAUAUUUGCGAAGCAAAAUUCUUGAUGAUUCUUUGGCCACAUUCCAUGUUGAAACUUUAUGGAAGUAUACAUUUCUCAAAGAAAUAAUGCAUUGGAUACUCAUUUAAAAAACCCACUAAUCUUGUGAACCUAAUUAUUAUAUAGUUAUGUUCAAAUGAUUAUGCGUAAAUGGCUAUUUCAUUGUACAUUUUCAUUAAUUCUUGUUGAAUGGCUAAUAUCAUUGGGGAAAAAAUGAAACUAUAAUCUACUGUCAAUUGAUAACUUUAAAUGUUUGUCUUUGGUGAUUAAUUAAUACAGAUACACUGGGAAUAGAGUAGUUUUCAAUUUAAGUGUUCUGAUAUUAAAGUAAAAAAAAAAUUAAAUUAUUCAAACAUUCAUCCAAUCCCUAAACUAAAUGAUAAUUAUCAUAAACAUUAGCCCAUUAUGGAAAAUGGUUAUGUAGUUGUCACAAUAGGUCACGUUGAGCUGAUAAAUGAAAGGUCAGGUACAGCACAACCCUGACAAACAGAUUUCCUUACCGAGCCUGAGGAGAGCUUCACACUGUUAUCAGUAUUGCAGCUAGCAAUGCAUCUGCUGUCGGCUGUGGGUCUCCUACAGCAUUGCAUGUGUAAAAUCUGUGUGCGGGGUUUGUUUUUUCUUCUGUGGUGAGCUCAUUUCACACCAUCUCUAAGCAGGAAGACACGUUACUAUAGGAGAGAAAGACUGCUGGCCGUACAAUUCAGAAUGUGGGCAGAAGAGUGCAAAGCAGUGGCACAAAGCAGGCUGCUAUGUGAAGUUAAAGCUGAUGCACGCGAUGAUAGGAUUGUCAGUCCGUAGUGAUUGUUGAAAGCUGUACCAAUUCAAUAGUUAUCAGGGGCACUGACUUAAUCCCAUGCUAAUGCUUCAUCAAAGCAGCAUGAAAGGAAGAGAAAAGGAUUGUACUUCAGGUGAUGCUUUGGAACAGUAUCUAUGUAGCAAGUUGUAAAGAAUGCAGUUAAGAAUGCUGCUUAGGGAAACCACUGGAAUUUAGAGAAACAGAUAACAGUGCAGGGCACCAGUCUGCCUGAUUGCACUUGAGUUGAAGCACUGUGGAUCGGCUGUGCUGUCUCCUGUAGCAUUUCCCCUUUUGAUUAAGCAUGGGAGAUCAAAUGUGUGGUUUUUGCUCUGUGUUUCUGCACUGAAGGAAAAUUCUCAUGUGUCCCUUUGUUUGAUGGGUAGUUUCUUUAAUUGCAAAUCUGGAAAAAUACAGAGGCAGACAUGGGAUAUCCAGCUGGUUCAGUGCUAUUGCCCAUCCCGCAGGACUUAUAGAUGCAAAAGCAUUAUGACUUAUUUCUGGCAGUUAUCUGCUUAAAUAUUUUAUAUCCUAUAAAUAUCAUCUACUUGCUGGGAUAUACGACAUAUGCUGUUCAUGCCACGUGCAAAAAUGUUAUAUGCAAAUGUGUAAUUCGCUUGAUCAAAGUUCCACGGAACUGACUGGAAUCGAUAAUACCUGUUGCCCCUCCCUAUGGUUGCUUCCCUUUUGAAGAAUCUGCUCCAAGCUUACAUUGCAAAGUUUUACAAAGGAAUGUUUGCUAGGAAACAAGCAAACACAACAAGAAAAAGGGAGAGUAAUAGUGACCACAAAUUACUAAGGCACUCGGAAGCAAAUCAGGCUCAAAAUCAAAAAUUUUCCACAAAUUUGAAGACCACUGUCAAACGAUUAGCAAAAUGCCAAUCUGCUCGUAAUUUGUCCGUGGAUGAAGAGCAAGGAAGGGCAGAGUAUUCGCUUUCUCCCACAUUGAGUUACAGGGUGGCCAUAGCUAAUGGACUGGAAAGAAAACUAAAUUCUACCAGUAAUGAUAAACAGGGUCCAGUGGUCUGGUCAGUUGGUAGUGCUGCCUCUGAAUCAUUGAAUGAAGUCAGUAUUUCUCAGAAGGUGAAGGAGCAGAAGUCUCACACUAUGCCAGUCAGAAGGAAUAGGAAAAGUGUCAGUAGCCUUGCUGCGUCAGAUGGAAGCGCGGAUACGGAUCGUACAAUACUACGACUAGGUGCGUUACGUAAACUUCGCAAAUGGAAGAAAAGUCAAGAGUGUAUUUCCUCAGAGACAGAAAUGAGUACUUGGAAAAAGUCUCUUGGUUUCAGGAGCAAAUCUUUGGACAGAACUGGGCGCUUGCAGCAGAAGAGUGGACUAGAACCAACAUUCAGUUCAACUGGCUGCAUCAGUCAGACUCACGAUGUAAUGGAAAUGAUCUUUAAGGAACUUCAAGGAAUAAGUCAAAUAGAAACUGAGCUGUGUGAGCUGCGUGGGCAUGUGAAUGCUCUGAAACAGUCCAUUGAUGAAAUUUCCACAAGUGUGGAAGUGGUGCAAACCGAAAUUGAGCAGUUACGCUCUGGAUUUGUACAGUCCAGAAGAGAAACCAGAGAUAUCCAUGACUAUAUUAGACAAAUUAACUAUCAAGGAAACUGUGUAAACCUAAGAUUUAUUAAUGUACCAGAAGAUGUGCACGAGAAUACUGAAAAUAUAAUUUAUGCAAUUAUAGAAGACAAGUUAGGGCUUAUGGAUGCACGACAAACUGUUCAGAUUGAACUUGCCCAUAGACUGGGGCAGAGGCGAGACUGUGUCAGUGCUAAGCCCCGCCCUAUUCUUGUGUAUUUUGACAAUCCACAGAAUAGAGAUUUAAUUCUCAAAAAAUGUUAUAAAUUGAAAGGUUCUGGCAUUGGAAUUUCCACAGAGAUCAUUCAUGAGCCAAAUGACAGAAAGGAAUUUUCACUUCCACCAAAAUCUCAGACCUAUGAAAGUAUGAAUAUGAAGUUAACGACGGCUGAAGAGGAGCCGAGAGGCAGUGAGUGGGCAUCAUCAGCAUCCAGUGACAAAGACCUGGAGGAAGCCCUUCACAGCCAUAGUUUUGAAGUUAGUUCAAAAGCAGUUUUUGAGAAAGUACUCCUCUCUUCAAAAUUAGGUGCAGAAUCUCACAAUGUUGUUAACGUUGACAGAACUGUUGUUUGUAGCUCAUAUUCAAAUUCAACGCAGUUAUGUACUGCUGACAAUUUUCAUUCACCUCCACUUGAAGACGCCCAGAAACAGACAGAGCCUUACUACAAUGAGCUCUCACCCACGUGGCUGCAGAGUGAUUGCUGCACAACUAAGCUCAGUCACUCAGAGUCUGAUUUUUCGAAGCUCUGUCAGUCAGUAUCAUACUCUGAAGAUUUUUCAGACAAUCAGUUCUUUCUCAGAGCAGAUGGUGCCUCGGUUGUUUCAUCUUCAGAAAAGGAUAUUUGGUUAAGAGGUAAAGAAGAAGGAGCAUCCUCUUGGAUUAAUACCAGUAAUCAACCAUAUGACUAUGAAGACCAACAUUACAUGCGACAAACAGAAGCGGAAAAGACAGAAACUGCUGAUAGUGGCAUGAGCAAUGGGUUAAUAUGUGCAUCUGGUGAGAGAAGCCAUUACAGUGAUUCUCAGUUGUCCUUGCAAUGUGACCUCUCACCAUGGAAAGAAUGGCAGCAUCUGGAACAAGGCACAGACUCUGGUCUAGGCACUUCACAGCAUGUCUUUGCUUCUGAAGUAAAUAGCCCAUCAGAGCAAAAUGUCUUGAGCUACACAACAGAUUUUGAUGAAAAUUACCAGGCUGCUGGCCAAGACUACGAGGAGGAAAUAUAUGAGGCAGCAUUUGAAACUUCUGAAUGUAUUGAUUUUGAUGGGGAACCUCAAAAUCAGUGGGAAAAUGCAUAUAACCCCUAUCAUGACUCGUAUUCUACUGAUUAUUAUCAGUAUCAAAACAGAUCUCCACUAAGAUGUCACAGUCAGAGUGAGCUACCUAAUGACAAUGACCCAGCAGAGACACCUGCUAAAUCCUGGCAUAGUCACUUGAGUAUUGAUCUCUCAGAUACUGGAUUCAGUUUUCAGAAAUUUGGAUCAUCACUUCAACGUGCUAAAUCUGCCUUGGAAGUUGUUUGGAAUAAAAUGGACUCUAGAAGUACCCAGAGUUUGAGUGAAGAAGAGGUGAGAGGCAAUUUUAUGGAUCGUUUGAGGACCUUUUCUCAAUCUACAGCAGGCGAAUCAAGCACUACUCUUGAUUCUGAUGUUUAUUAUGAGCCUUACUAUUAUAGAGCUGAGGAAGAUGAGUCCAGUGAACAAGCAGGAGAACAUGGAAUGGAUUAUGUUGAGGUGAUGGAGGAAGUUCUUGCAAAACUGGAAAAUAAGACAUUUCAUAAAGAAAGUAAUGAACAGACAUUAUCACCGGAGCCUUUGGAAGGGUUUACUGUCCCAGAUGUAGCUGAAGACAGUGAAGAGGGCUCUUAUGAUGUCGGCAGUCUUAAUGAAGAAAAAGAGCUUAUAGCUGAAAUCUUAGAAGAGGCAGAAGAGCCUAUAGAUGAAAUCUUAGAAGAGGCAGAAGAGCCUAUAGCUGAAAUCUUAGAAAAGGCAGAAGAGCCUAUAGCUGAAAUCUUAGAAGAGGCAGAAAAUGAUGCUGUUCCAGAAAAAUGUUCAGAAAGUCAAGAAAAUCAGACUGCUCCAGAGGAACCUCCUCCUGAAGCUGCAAAGAAAGUUAGAAUAAAACCUACCUUCAGGCAAGCUGCUUUCAAAGCGUAUAGACAACAAGUGGCAGAUAACAAUUCUGUGGAUCAACAGGCUCAUCUCACAAGCAAAGAUGUUUUUGAUGCAUCUAACCUUUCCAAUCUGAAGACUCCAGGAGGGGCUGGAAGUGUGCUGUACGGCAUUGACAGCAUGCCAGAUCUACGUCGGAAGAAGACUGUGCCCAUCGUUCGAGAUGUGACCCUUGCUGCGAGAAAAGCAGGCAUUUCUUUUGCCAUGACCACAAGAACCUCGGUAAACAAUCAAGAAUUGAAGUUACAUGUUUACAAGAAAACAUUACAGGCCUUAAUCUAUCCAAUAUCGUCAACUACACCGCACAAUUUUGAGGUGUGGACAGCAACUACUCCAACCUACUGCUAUGAAUGUGAGGGGCUGCUGUGGGGCAUCGCAAGGCAAGGCAUGAAAUGUACUGAGUGUGGUGUCAAAUGCCAUGAAAAGUGUCAAGACCUUCUCAAUGCUGACUGUUUGCAACGAGCAGCCGAGAAAAGCUCAAAGCAUGGUGCAGAGGAUAAAACACAAAACAUCAUUGCAGCCAUGAAGGAAAGAAUGAAAGUCAGAGAGACCAACAAGCCUGAGAUUUUUGAGUUGAUCCAAGCACAAUUUGAAGUGUCCAAAGAAGACUAUGCACGGCACUUGAAGGCGGCAAAACAAAGUGUGUUGGAGGGGACGUCCAAGUGGUCAGCAAAGAUCAAAAUAACAGUGCUCUGUGCUCAGGGUUUACAAGCAAAAGAUAAGACUGGCUCGAGUGACCCUUACGUCACAGUGCAAGUGGGUAAAACCAAAAGGAGGACCAAAACCAUUUUUGGGAAUCUCAACCCCAGCUGGGAUGAAACAUUUCACUUUGAGUGCCAUAAUUCCACUGAUAGAAUAAAGGUUAGAGUCUGGGAUGAAGAUGAUGACAUCAAGUCUCGAGUUAAACAGCAUUUCAAAAAAGAAUCAGACGACUUUCUUGGACAAACAAUUAUUGAAGUCCGAACACUGAGCAGUGAGAUGGAUGUCUGGUAUAACUUAGAGAAGAGAACGGACAAAUCUGCUGUUUCUGGAGCAAUUAGAAUGAAAAUCGCUGUUGAAAUUAAAGGAGAAGAGAAAGUGGCACCGUAUCAUGUGCAGUACACAUGCUUACAUGAGAACCUGUUCAAUUAUUUGACUGAAACAAAAUAUAGCGGUGUUGUAAAAAUCCCACAAGUGAAAGGAGAUGAAGCAUGGAAAGUGUACUUUGAAGAUUACGCUCAAGAAAUUGUGGAUGAAUUUGCAAUGCGUUAUGGAGUUGAAUCAAUUUAUCAGGCCAUGACGCAUUUCUCCUGCCUGUCAUCCAAAUAUAUGUGUCCGGGGGUUCCAGCAGUAAUGAGCACUUUGUUGGCCAAUAUUAAUGCCUAUUUUGCGCACACCACAGCGACGACAAAUGUUUCAGCCUCGGAUCGAUUUGCUGCCUCAAACUUUGGAAGAGAAAAGUUUAUAAAACUCCUGGAUCAGUUGCACAACUCUCUGAGGAUUGACCUUUCUAAAUAUAGGGAUAAUUUCCCAGCAAGUAAUCCAGAAAGACUGCAAGACCUGAAGUCUACAGUGGACCUUUUGACCAGCAUUACCUUUUUUCGAAUGAAGGUUCAAGAACUGCAAAGCCCCCCCAGAGCGAGUUCGGUCGUGAAAGAUUGUGUGAAAGCCUGCCUGGACUCCACCUACAGAUACAUUUUUGACAAUUGCUUUGACUUGUAUAACCAGUUGCUGGAUCAGAGUAAAAAACAAGACAUUCCUCGUGAAGAACAGGGACCCAGCAAUAAAAAUCUGGAAUUCUGGCCUAAGCUCAUUACUUUGAUGGUUUCUUGUGUAGAAGAGGACAAGGCAGCCUAUUCUUCGAUCCUCAACCAAUUCCCCCAAGAACUUCACAUGGGAAAACUAAGUGCCGAGGUUAUGUGGCAGCUAUUUACCCAGGACAUGAAGUACGCUCUUGAAGAACAUGAAAAACAUCGAUUAUGCAAGAGUGCCGACUAUAUGAAUUUGCACUUCAAAGUAAAAUGGUUUUAUAAUGAAUAUGUGCAAGAUCUUCCAGGUUCCAAAGAUGCAGUGGCGGAAUAUUCUUUGUGGUUUGAACCUUUUGCCAUUGAUUGGCUGGAUGAAAAUGAAGAUGUUUCAAUGGAGUUUCUACAUGGAGCCCUCGAAAGAGACAAAAAAGAUGGGUUCCAGCAAACCUCUGAACAUGCUCUGUUCUCCUGCUCUGUUGUGGAUGUCUUCACUCAACUGAAUCAAAGUUUUGAAAUUAUCAAAAAGUUAGAAUGUCCUAAUCCAGAGGCUUUGGCACAUUUCUUGAGGAGAUUUGCUAAGACUAUCAAUAAAGUUCUCCUCCAAUAUGCUGCUAUUAUCGCAAAAGAAUUCAGCUCACACUGUUCCAAGGAGAAGCUGCCUUGCAUCCUGAUGAACAACAUCCAACAACUGAGGGUCCAGCUGGAGAAAAUGUUUGAGUCGAUGGGUGGUAAAGAGGAGGAAAGGGAAAAUGCCUUCUGUAAGCUUGAUGAUGAGGCUAGCAAUCUCCUGAAGGAAACGCAGGCCAAUCUCAAUGGUGUCUUGGAUGAACUGAGCUAUACCUUUGCCACCAGCUUCCAGUCCGUAAUUGAAGAAUGCGUGAAGCAAAUGAAUCUCGAAUUAUAUCAGAUGAGAGGAAAUGGGAACUCAUCUACCAACAGGAACAGCGCAACCAUUGACGCAGAAACCGUCCUUAGGCCUUUAAUGGAUCUUCUGGAUAAAAACCUGACACUGUUUGCUAAAAUCUGUGAGAAGACUGUUCUGAAAAGGGUUCUGAAGGAACUUUGGAAAAUAAUUCUGAACAUAAUAGAAAGAAAGAUUGUUCUGCCUGCGCUAACUGACCAAAGUGGAGCUCAAAUGAUCUUCAGUGCAGCAAAAGACUUGGGCCAGUUAUCAAAGCUAAAGGAACAUGUGAUUCGGGAAGAGGUGAAAAGUCUCAGUCCUCGCCAAUGUGCAAUAAUGGAAGUCGUGUUGGCCACCAUAAAGCAAUAUUUCCAUGCUGGAGGAAAUGGCUUGAAGAAGACAUUCCUAGAGAAGAGCCCCGACUUGCUGUCCUUGAAAUACGCACUCAGCCUCUACACCCAGACAACAGAUGCCCUAAUUAAAAAAUAUAUCAACACUCAGUCUUCGCAAGCUCAAUCUGCAAAUGGCUCAGUGGGAGAAGUAUCGAUUCAUGUAGACCUCUUCACUCACCCUGGUACUGGAGAACACAAAGUUACAAUUAAAAUUGUUGCUGUCAACGAGCUGAUCUGGCAAACAACGGCCAUGUUCCGACCCUUUGUAGAAGUUCAUGUGAUUGGACCAAACCUCAGCGACAGGAAAAGAAAAUUUGCCACGAAAACCAAAAACAAUGUUUGGUCACCAAAGUACAACGAGACAUUUCACUUCCUUCUGAGCAAUGAGAUCGGCCCCGAGUCCUUCGAGCUUCAUGUGACGGUGAAAGAUUACUGCUUUGCCAGAGAAGACCGGAUUAUCGGAAUGACCGUCAUCCAGCUAAAGGACAUUGCGGAGAAAGGGACCUGUGCCUCGUGGUACAGCCUCCUCAAGAACAUUAACAUGGAUGAAACCGGCCUGACCAUUCUCAGAAUACUCUCCCAGAGGACCAAUGAUGAAGUGGCCAAAGAAUUUGUACGCCUCAAAUCCGAUACCAGAUCCUCGGAAGAAACCACAUAAGAAGCAGACGAGAGAGAAUGCAGGGAAGCUGAAGUUAUCUUUAGUGCAUGUCUGUUUUAAAUGUGUGGGUACGUUUAUCUGAAUAUGUGCAGGUGUGUGCAGAAAAUUAUAAAGUACUUCAGCCCACUAUUCCAGUGACGAAAUGGGAAGGAUGUUAUCUCAGUCUCUCAGACAGUUGUUCUGAUAAAGUGCCAAAUCAAGAUUAUCCAAGGGAAUUUUCUCCUGGUAUUUUGGGAUUUUUUCAAUUUGCUAUAUGAUUAAAAUCUAACACUGACUUGCUUUUCUGUGGUUUUUAACACUAAGUAUUGAUCCUUCAUUUGUGACAGGCUUUGUCUCUCUACUUCUGCGAUGUUGGGCUGUGAUUAUCCAGAGCAUGUUAAUGUAUCUCAGCUAGGUUACAUCCUAAAACUUACUAGUAUACUUUACAUUUUUGUAAGUUGCAUUUUACUUCCCCAGACGAAGACAUUUAUAUUGAGGUAACUGUUGAUGACAUUUAGACUGCUUAUACUUUUCACUCUUAAUUCACCAAACUGCAAACUACUGGUCAUUAUUAAAGGUGCAAGACAAUUCAUAUUAGCUUAGUUCUUUUUCUGACACAUCACUGUGAAGAUGAUACUUAGCUGACAUCGUAACCAAUUUUCUUAAAGAGAAACAGCUCAUGAGCAAACUGGCAUUGUUGAUUUCCAAAAGUUGCCAAAAGGAUCCAAGGUCCAUCCAAUACUUUUUUAUGCCACAUUAAGAGGCCACAUAUGUUUACAAAGCAACCGGGCUGUUUUGGUGAUUUGAAUAGAAAUACUAUGUUUCUGAUAAAUAGUGAAGCUGUUACUAUUUUCAACGAUGCGAUUGUAAAUGUUGCUUUAUAAAAUGGUAAUAUUGUUCCAGCUGUAAUCCUCAUUGUUUCAGCAUUUUCAACAAAUGGUAAUUAUGCAACAUCCUUAUGUAUUGCACUGAUGUUGAAAUGAGUGUCAUGUAAAUAUAUUUAGUGAACAAUUGUACAAUAAAGCAUUGGAAAAAUUCCA